UUGUUUCAUUUGUGCAGUUCUUCUGGCUCUACCCUGCUACAGCGCACCUGGGCAAGUCAAUCCUUUAGGAGUUCCAGUCUCUGCCCAUGCUGGGAAGUUCUACGACACUUCUCCCAGAGAUCACGUCUGCGGUGGGCUGAAUUAUGACGUUCUAGAUUACACUUGCUGUGAAAGAGUACUGCAUAAAGAGGCGCUGCUGUCUUGCUGUGGAAACAGGGUCUUUAACCUCACCCAGGCUUCCUGUUGCGAAGGUCAGCUGACUCUUAAUGUGAGCCAGCUGGUGUCAGAUUGCUGUGGGUGUCAGGCCUAUGACCCACUCAACCAGCUGUGCUGUGACUCUCAGAUCCUAACCAGGACCCAACCCCAUUCCAAGUGUUGCGGAAAAGAGCUUUACAAUGAAGACCACCAGCUUUGCUGUGGAAAUGUCGUUAAAGGAAAGAAGGUCCUGACUAAAAUGUCCGUUCACCACCGGUGCUGUGGAGACCACCAGUUUGACCAGCGAAGCCACUGCUGCUGCUUCAAUUCUGAACCACUCUCUCCAGAGCCUCUCAAUGCAAGCUGCUGUGCAUCAUCAGGGUCUAAUCACUUGGGAAUUGCUCCGACUUCUCCAAAAUGUAUGUCCGGGAAACAGCCCUGUGAUCUAGGUGCCCAUUUCAACCCAACAACAGAGCGUUGCUGUGUGAACCCUACAUCUCUCCAGGGACAAAGUUACUCACAUGACCAGACCUGCUGUGAGGGAACACUACGCCACCCCCCAUAUCUCUACAAUGGUGCUAGCUGUGGCUCUCAGGUUUACAAUCCAGACAGUAAAAUCUGCUGUGCCGGGAAGCUGUCCAAUAGGGUGCUUGGAAAAAACCUGUGCUGCGGUACAACUCCGUAUGGUAUAGAGGACCGAGGGGUGCUGUGUUGUAACCAGACCUUGCACCGUGAGGUGGAGGAUGGGUACCAGUGCUCCCCAGGUGGUCACUUGUAUCUGCCAUCCCGUGACAUGGUGUGUGGCUCACGAGUUCAUCUCAACGAUCCAGGCAAACACUGCUGUGGGGAGGAGACAUACGACCCUCAGUAUGAAAUCUGCUGCAACGGACACACACACAGCAGGUGGGGGAAUAAGUCCUGCUGCGGAGGGAAGGCUUAUGACCCCAGCUGUGACCAGAUGAAGUGCUGUGCAGGGACUCUGUAUGACCUGCAGGUUCAGGACAGACUCUCAGAGGAGGCCCAGUGCUGUGGGAGUGUCCUGAUGGAGGCCGGCUCCACCCAGACCUGCUGCUCUGCCCCAGGGCUAGACCUGCUCUAUCCUACCCAGCCAGGGUUCACCUGCUGUGGGCACCGCUACCCCAACUCAUCCCUGUGGUCCUGCUGCGCGGGGGUCCUGCACCCAAGGCCUGAACCACACACCACCAGCAAGAACAUGAUUCCAGGACCCAGGCUUCUACCACUGGGGGAUCUGAAGACUGAAGUCCUGUGUCACAGCAGAGUUCUAGUAGGGACAGUGGAGAGUGUGUCUGUGAAGAUGAAUGAGCGGUCCAUCGUGAUGGUGAACGCCAUGUACAUGCUGGCCUCGCGUGGCCAUGUCAGCGCCGUGCCUUCCCCUCACAACGUCACAUUACCCGACCACUGCAGCUCCCCUGAACUGGUGCCGGGCAACACUUACAUCUGGGUGAAAAAUAAUUUCUCAGACACCAUAAGUUUCAUCUCUGAUCAUUCCUCCCCUCUCCAUUCCAUUCUCUCCAGGUGCUCAAAAUGAGACUUUUAACCAUGUUUUGAGGCAAUACAGUGUUUUGUUCACAAUUACAUUGCUUACAAAAAAUGUCUUUAAAACAAAACCCGUCUAUUUUGGGUUCUGAUGGGGUAGGACAGAUUAACUGAGCUCAUGAGGCGUACGUUAUAUUCUUAAAGAGUCAAUUUGUAAAUAAUUAAUUUAAAACUCAAACAAAAAUGUGGAUGUUGACCCAUUUAAGAUAUCAGUAUAUCUUUAAGCAAUUUUUAUUUGCUUACAAAAAAAACCCAACCGUAUUUAUGAGAUCUCAUGAGUCAUAUCUCAGGAUAAGUCAUAUUUUAUUAUGUUUGUCUGGGUAGUGGUUUUCUGUUAUAUUAUCGCAAACGUUCCAUUAAUGUUAAUGCAAUAUUUUCUUAAUAAUGUAUAUUCCAUACUGAAGCUAUUUACUCACUUGAAACUCUUAGUUCAAUGUGACACUAACAUCAUUGGCGUGAAUCUGUCUGUGAAGUGAUUGCACCACAUUGUGAAACGGCAGGAAAUAAGCCUAUUUUCUAACCAAGCAAUUGUGUGUAGGUGUGUGACUUUUUCCACAUUGUGUUACGUUACAGCCUUAUUCUAAAAUUCAUUCAAUUGUUCCCCCUCCCCUCCCCUCCCCUCCCCUUAAAUAUGACAUUUACAUAAGUACUCAGACCCUUUACUAAGUACUUUGUCGAAGCACCUUUGGCAGAGCGAUUACAGCCUCGAGACUUGUUGGCACACUUGUCAGAGAAGACAGAGGAGCAUCUAUCAACAUAGCAACCGUCACAAGAAUAAUAAAGGACUAUUCUAAUAAAUGAAGAUACUCCAAACUCCGAUAUUGACUGAGAUAUAGCACAUAAAACAUUGUCCUGCCACGGACAAAUAAGAUCCUUGCUGAUCCUCUCUUUUAGUUGUGACUAUUGUACAAGGCUGGCACCUGCAUGACAUCAGAACUACUGUAUGAAAGACAAAGUAGAGUUGGCUCAGUUCCAUUCCACAUAAAAAAAACAUCAAACAAAGCUGUCCAGUUACAGGGCAAAUAACUGUAUAAACUGCAAACACAUGGUGUUAUAAUUUUAGUGUUCCUGAACAUUGUGCUGAAAAUAAUGGAAGGAUUGAAGAAAGCGAUAGGAUAUUUUAGUGGAGCCUCAGAAACCACAAUGAAAUGACUGUAUAUCAAAACAAUAGGUUGACACCGGCGCCAAACAAUUGCUUGAAACUGUGAGCGAGAAAUUGCAUCUUUCAUAUGCUUCCUUCCAGGCUCUUGUCGUGGGAGAUGGUCCAUGUCCUUGGACACAUUCCCAGUUAACCACACAGCCUCUUCCUGUAUGAAGCUCUGACCCAAAGUGUCUCAAAGUAAGCCAAACGUGGCACUAUUGUAAAACAGUUCUAACACAGCAGAUCUAUGCUCUCUAAUGGCCUACACAAAGAAAAUAUCAUGUUAUGAGCACCACAUAUCUUUUGUUUCACACAAAUUGUUUAAAACAGAACAUAGACAGAAACGCAUAAGCUUACAUGUCAAAUGUCAUUUCAUCCUAUUUUAGAGACUAAUGAAAAUACUGUAUCCUAUCACUACUGUGUGUAGGGGGAAAGCAUAGGGCCACUAUCCCUUGAAUAAAUUCAGGGACAAGAGGCUCAUUUGAGCUGGCGAGGGUUAUAAACGGACAAUAAAGUGAUUAUUAUUAACACAGAGAAGCUAUGUUAAUAAAUAAGUAGGUUCACUGACAGCAGGCUGGAGAGUUAGGUCGUAAACAUACACACCUCAGAUGCUGUCGAAGACUCCGUCUACUUACUCAACACUCUUAGAAAAAAGGGUUACAAAAGGGUUCUUCGCCUGUCCCCAUAGGAGAACCCUCAGUGGAAAGGGUUCUACAUGGAACCCAAAAACGGUUCUACCUGGAACCAAAAAGGGUUCUUCUAUGGGGACAGCCGAAUAACCCUUAUUGGUUCUAGAUAGCACCUUUGUUUUCUAAGCGUGUAUAGGAAAGCAGUUGACAUACACACCUCAGAUGCUGUCGAAGAAAGACUCUACUUGCAAGGUGUGUGUCAAAGCAUCUAUUAGGAAAACAGUAUAACAGAGACUCAAUUUGGAUGAAUGAUCUCCAAAUGAUUUGAUAAAAGGAGGAACUUCAGCAUAGCUUGGGAAUGACUAUCCAGAAGAAUGAGAUCGGGUUGACUUGCUGACAGAAAGAAACUUAACACAGCAUUUGCACUUCUUCUCGACAUCCCCUUUGGGAUGCACUUUUUCAACAAUUGCCUUUUCAGGGAUGAUUGGAAUAGUGUGGUUUCUGAGAUUACAUUUCAAAAUCAUAUAAAAGUGAUCUGACAUGUUUAAGCAAUAAGGUUCGAGGAAGUGUGAUAUAUGGCCAAUAUACCACAGCUAAUGGCUGUUCUUACACACAACUCAAAGCAGAGUGCCUGGACACAGCCCUUAGCCACUUCAGUCCUUCUAAUUGAUGGGAACUACACCAUCCCCCCAACAAACCUCAAGUUAGCUCUUUCAUGCCAACAAAAGGCAACAUCAAAAAUGGCUCUCUAAAAAAAAUUAUCUUCAGAUUUGAACUCUCAAACUCUGGUUUGGGAUGCUGUCACCAUAACCACUACUCUACCAGACAGACAGAGACAGAAUGUUAAGGGGUACUUAACAAUGCACACAUCAAAGACAACAUUUCAGAGGUUAGAGAAUGGUGUGGGGGCUUGUACUUCUUGGGUCCACCAACCGUUCCUCAAUCUUCUUUUGAUGACUACAAACAGAGAUUAUGAAUCUUCAAAACCUACACUAUAGGAUGGAUGUGUUUAGGAACGGGGGACGAAAUUCGAAAGAGGCGUAUUUCCAAUUACCAACAAAUAGACCCUAGAAAUGUUAUUCCAAAAUCUUAAUAUUGGAACUUUGUCCCUUCAUUUGCCUACUACUGUCUAUAAGCUAUCAUAACACGUGGGUUCUUUCUUGGGGACAAGGUAUCGGAACGCUUUUGAAUGGUCUACAAAGCAUGCCCCUAGGCCAAAGUUGCCUUUUGCAGACAAGGGUUAUAUUGUUACUCCACGACAUUACGUUAUCACAACUGUAUUAAAGAACAUUCUACACAAGGUUUAUACACCUUGCAGGUGAGGACAAUGGUUAAAAAAAAUGGGAGAAGAGUAGAGAAGACUUCCUCAUUGUACUGUAUAUCAGAAUAUAUCACAACUUAUUCCAAAAAGCUCAAGACUGUUAUUGUUCCCUUCAAUAAAAAUAUU